UCACUUUUAUUUUAACAUUUAACGAAAACGGAACAACAAUGGAAGCGCCAACGCCAAAAAAUAUCGUUAUCGUUAGAACAUACGAUUUUUCAAAGAUAUGCAGAAUAUGUUUGCUACCCAAUGUUUUAUUGCCGUUAGAAGCGACAUAUAUCGACAUUUUCGAGCGAAUAACCAACCUAAAGCUCGACAACGACCGCAAAAUGCCAGGAAAUAUUUGCGAAGUAUGCGUGAAGGUUCUAGAAGAUAUAGAACAAUUCAUUCGAAUAUCUACGUAUAAGCACGAUCUAUUGCUAAGGAUUACCAAUUCAAGAACUGCUGUAAAUAAUAAGAUUCACAAAUCACGAACUGCUGAAAUAAAUGAGUCGAGUUUAGAGCAAAGCUCGGAUACCAAAGAUGAUUUAUUAUUAAAGAUUAAUAAUCCAGAAACUGCUGGAAUAGAUGAGUUGAGUUUAGAGCAAAGCUCGGAUUCCAAAGAUGGUUUAUUAUUAAAGAUUAACAAUCCAGAAACUGCUGGAAAUGAUGAGUUGAGUCUAGGCCAAAGCUCUGAUCAUAAAGUUGAUGAUGAGGGGAAUAAUAAGUCGAAAGUAGCAGUGAAAGUGAAAAAAGUCAAAAACACCAGCUGCACGGAAUGUAAUCGAACGUUUAGAUGCACAACCACUUUAGCCCGUCAUAUGAGAACCCACACGGGAGAUAAACCGUACAAAUGCUCGUAUUGCGACAAAACUUUCGCGAUCCCCGGAAGCCUAAAGACACACACUCGAAUCCACACAGGUAUCACCCCGUACGUAUGCACGAUAUGCAACAAACGUUACACCAGCAUAAGCGGCCUCAAAAAGCACAAAAUCAAAAUGCAUUUGGACGCCGACGAGGCCGAUCGAAUCACGAAUACCAACAAAUCCGCCAAAAUUAAAUGCCAAUACUGCGAAAAGCUGGUCAAUCCGCAAGGGUACGGCACCCAUUUGAGGGUCCACAAGGAAAAAAAAAUCAAAAUUUUCGUAUGCCAGUAUUGCAGCAAGACCUUCUCGAGGCAAUCCCGUCUUGAUAGACACGUACGAAUCCACACAGGAGAACGACCGUUCGUUUGCACCACCUGCGGCAAAUCCUUCAGACAAGACACCGAUUUGUCGAGACACGUCGACAGCCAUUCCGAUAAAAAAAACUACCAAUGCCAGCACUGCGGCAAAAUGUACUACACGAAACCCUCGCUCUACACGCACAUCAUCACGUCGCACUUUCCCAAGCGCAAAUACAAAACCAACACGACCAGCUAUACGAAGAGAUACAGACGAAACGUGUUGUGCACGAUAUGCGGGAAAUCCUUCUCGUCGAUGGGCAGCCUGAAGGUGCACGGGAGGCUGCACGACGGCGAAUAUCCCUUCGCUUGCACCGCUUGCGAUAAGAGAUACACCAACGGGAGCAAUUUGAAGAGACACAUCGCUAGGAAUCACGGUACGGGGAAACAUCACGUGUGCCUGGAAUGCGAUAAGAGCUUCUACGAACGGAGCGAUUUGAAUAGGCACGUUAAAAAUCUACAUUCGGAUACGAUUCGAUACGAAGUUCUGACGGGCAGCAAAGAUUCUUUGGCGUAGUUGAAGAACGACAGCAGUCCGAGUUUUUUGGUCCUCUUCGAAAAGUAAUUCGAAACCACGUCGGUGUCUGGAAAAUAAUUCACUGUGAAGAGAACGAUUUGAAAUAAAUUUAGAUUGAAAUAACUCGCCUCUUCCGUCUAUGCUAGUCGGUAAUACGUUAUCGUUCGCCGAUAAAGAUACGAACAAAGCGAACGGCACCAGCCACAGGAAUAUCGUGAAAUAAGCUAUUACCUACAAAUACAAAAUCAUAUUUACGAUAUUAAAUCCUUAAAGAAAUUCGUAAUUUACCUCGGAAAAGUUGUAAUAAACCGACGAGAAGUAGCUAAAAGCUAAAUAAUGAUUGAUAAUGAUAAACAGAACGGUCGUUACGAAUUCUAUCGAUAGAAACGAAACGAAUGGAAAACUUCUUAAUAUCACGAAAUGUAUUAAUUGAGCCGCUACUCCGCAACCUAUCAUCGAAAUCGGGAAGUUUUCGAACGUCCAUAAUAGUAUAUACAGCGUUAAAGUUAC